UUAUGAAAAAAUGUUUAGAAAAGGAAAAAAACGACACAGCAGCAGCAGCUCACAAAGCAGUGAAAUCAGUACUAAAAGCAAGGUUUUGGAAUGAUCAGUUGAAUAUUCUGGAUUUUCCAAGGUGCCGUUUCACUUCCCUUGCACUGCUAUGUUAUUUCAAGCAUUGGUGACAAGCAUGUAGUUGUCAAUUUCUUCAAGUUAAGAUGCAGUACCAGAAAAGUCUGGACAUAACCUUAAGUCUGUAGAUUCCAGUCUUGGGGGACUUUCCCGAUCUAGUACUGUGGCUAGUCUAGAUACAGACUCCACGAAAAGUUCAGGACAAAGCAAUAGUAAUUCUGAUACGUGUGCAGAAUUCAGAGUUAAAUAUGUUGGUGCCAUUGAAAAAUUGAAGUAUAAUGAGAGCAAAAAUCUCGAAGGGCCAUUGGACUUGAUAAAUUACAUAGAUGUUGCACAGCAAGAUGGAAAGUUACCUUUUGUUCCAGGUGAAGAGGAGUUUAUUAUGGGAGUUUCCAAAUACGGCAUUAAAGUUUCAACAUCUGAUCAGUAUGAUGUGUUACAUAGGCAUGCUCUCUAUUUAAUUGUACGGAUGGUCUGCUAUGAUGAUGGUCUGGGAGCAGGAAAAAGUUUACUGGCUUUGAAGACAACAGAUGCAGCCUCUGAAGAAUGCAGCCUCUGGGUGUAUCAGUGCAACAGUUUGGAACAAGCACAAGCUAUUUGCAAAGUGUUAUCUACAGCCUUUGAUUCAGUUUUAAUGUCGGAGAAGUCCUGAUUUUCUUCAGCAGCACAUGAUGGUGUAGUACAAGAGGCCUUUGUGUGAGGAGGAAAUGCUGCUCCUUUGAUACCACAGACUGGCUGUAGCUACACACAAACUUAGAAGGGACUUGCUGUGCAAAGAAGAGCCAUGCAACCUUGCACAUGGUACUUUGUCAUUCCCCAAACACAACUUGAAGAAAUUAUUCCAUCUUCAGUUUCCAGGACAAUGCAGAAUUUUAUAUUUAACAUUUUUUUCCCUAAGUCAUGUUUUGUAUAUUAAUGUCAAUAUUGUAGGAAUGUAAAAUAAAACUGACAUGUGCUUC